AUGUCGGCUGUAGACGUGCGCGACCACCUGCACCACCUGCCCGGCCAAGGCUGCAGCUUCUCGGCGCAGCUGGGCAACCUCGGCGCACGUCUUCGUUUGGCCAAUGCCGCGCGAUGGCAGCUGCCAGAACUCGAAGUGGAGCAGGAUGCCUUUUGCCAUCGUGGCUUCGAGGGCAAGGUUUCCGAGUUCCUCCGCUUCGCCCAGCGUGAGGUCUGGGAGGCCCGUGGGCGGUACCCCGAGGCGUCUCGCGCUGCCUUUGACGUGCUUCUAGAAUCCUUGGACGCGGCAUUGUCAGGAGAGAAGGAUUUGACGCUGGUGGUGCGAGACCCCUCUGGCUUGAGCAGACUGGAUGCGGCCGAGGUCAAACAUUUUGAGCGCACCGUGCGCGAUGACUUGGCAUUGGGGGUGGAGUAUCCGCGGCCCACCCUGCAGCUCAAUUCUGCCGAGAACGUGGCGAAGAUAGUGCGACGAGCAAGCCGCAUUGUUGCGCUGACAGGCGCCGGUAUCUCAGUCGAAUCAGGAAUUACUCCAUUCCGUCUGCCAAGCUCUUCGGACGGCGGUUCUGCAAUCUGGGCAGAGUUCGAUGCACGGCAGAUGACAGUUGACGGCUUCAACAGCGACGCUGAUAUCCGCGCGAAGUGGUGGGCGAUGAAGCGAAAGCUGCUAAAAGAAAUGUCAAUGGCAAAAGCCAACCCUGCACACUGCUUCUUCGGCGAGCUGGAGAAGCGCGGCAAGCUGAAAGGUGUGAUCACCCAGAACAUUGAUUCGCUGCAUCAGGGUGGCGGAGCUCCGUGUGAGAAGGUGAAUGAGCUGCACGGUCACAUGCGGCGCCUGAUCUGUUCCGACCACCGCACCCCCCUUAAUCCGCAGCCGUUUGCCACUGGGGAGUGUGAUUAUGAAUGUGCCACGACAGCUUGCGGCGAUGACAAUGUUCCUACGUGCCCGAAGUGCGGCUCGCCCCUCCGCACAGAGACUGUGCUGUUCGAGCAGGCUAUGCCAGAAGGUGCUGUGGAGCGUGCGCAAUGCACAAUCCAGGAAUCCGAUCUCCUCAUUGUGAUUGGCAGCACUUUGAUUGUUCGACCCGCCAACGAACUGCCAGCAGAAGCACUCUGCCGCGGCAUUCCUGUCAUCAUGGUGAACCUGGAUGACACUUGUUAUGAUGCCAAUGCCGUGUCCCUUGUCCGGCAGCCUGCGGGCAAGUUCUUCGACGAGGUGAUGAGCUUUCUUGGAGAUGGAGACUGGCAUCUUGAUCCGUGCGAAGAGUCGGCACAUCCCACUCAUCCCACCAGCUCCGACCAGCACGAACACAUUCCAAUGGAGUCGACUCCUGCAGCUCUGGAGCUGGACGAUGGGGACUCUGAUGACCAGCUGUAUGGUGAUGACGACUUGGGCUGUUAG